CCUCCCGCACGAAGCUAGCUAAAUAAUUCCACGUUCUCCACCAUUUUCUUAAUCCCUUUUUAACCCUAAUCACUCCUUCUCACCAAACUGCACCACAUUAUUAUAAUCUGUGGAUGAAUCAUGAAUGAAUGAAUCCGUCGCUAUCAAAUGAUUAGGUGUAGACAGUUAGCAAUUUUUAUCUAAAAUUAGUUUGUGCUUUCGUUCCGUGCACCAAGUGUUUGUUAAAAUGCCUCAACAGCAUAUUAUAAUGUAGUACUUUUGUUCUUCCCUCCCUCGUGAGUUGUAGUUUGCCUGUUUUUGGCCCCACAGUGGAGACUUGAGUUUGGUAGGAACAAACAUCAUUUGUAUCAUUUUGGUAUUGCAAUUAAAUCAUUAAACAAUUUGCUGAAGUCAAUCCUCACUGCUCUAAAGCUCUGGUAUAAAUGUGAUGCUCGAUUAUGUGUUUUUGUCAUCGCAAAUAUCCGCCAUUGUUGAGCUUCUCUUAAGCUUUUUUUGCUCAUUUCUGUAAAAUAUAUAGCAACUGUUAAUGGAGACUUUUGGUGCAUUUCUUGAUGAAGAAUGGGAAUCAUUGAGCAAACUGUUUUCCUGUGAGGAUUCUGACUUGCUGCUGCAUUUAAACGGCGGCCAUGGCGGCGAUUUGGCUCCGCCUUUCUUCCCAAAUGUGGUUGGGGUUGAAGAGAGUUUGGGUUUCCCCUGCGGCGCAAACUUGUAUUGUGUGUCGCCGGAGAGUAGCAACAGCAGUGAAGCUGACGGGACUGCGUUUUUUGCGACGAAAAACCACGGGGCGAAUAUUGGUGUUAAUUUUCUUCAAGAUGUUGUUACAACUCAAAAUGCUUUCGAUUUCUGCACCAUGGACAGCACUAAUGACGGCCUGAUGGCGCCGCCGGUGUUUCCCGACGCAGAAAUGGAACAGCUCCUCCAAUUAAAAGCUAAAAUUAUUGAUAAUUGCCAGUUUGGCGACGCUGGAAUCGAUCUUGGAGAAAAUGUCGAGACAAUGCAGCUCAAGAGAAAGGUCGAAACAUCGAAUGUUCAAACUCCCGACAACAACGGAUCAUUUGAUCAAAGUCCCAAGAAAAGAACCCGAGUUUGUAAAUACGAACAGAAAAACAAGAGGAACACACAAUCAUCGAGAAAGAAGAAAGCCGUCAAGAAUGACGAAGAAGACAACAAUGGCGGAGGAAAUGGACAAACCUCGAGCACCUGCAGCUCCGAGGAAGACGAAUUCAAUGCUUCCCAAGAACUGAAUGGCGGGUCGACUUCUGAAUCGAAAGGCUCAGCGUCGAACGGGAAAUCGAAGGCGAAUCGCGGCCCUGCAACCGAUCCACAAAGCCUCUACGCAAGGAAACGACGAGAACGAAUCAACGAGAGGCUAAGGAUCUUGCAGAAUCUCGUCCCCAAUGGAACCAAGGUUGACAUCAGCACAAUGCUGGAAGAGGCUGUCCACUAUGUAAAGUUCUUACAGCUUCAAAUCAAGCUGUUAAGCUCUGAUGAUCUGUGGAUGUAUGCUCCCAUUGCUUACAAUGGAAUGGACAUUGGACUUUACCAGAAGAUUGCCCCUAAUCAAAUCAAUUAAGCAAUUUAUUACAUUUCUUGAAUUCUCUUACAAAAGGGUUUCUUUUUCUUCUCCAAAUCGUAGAAUGUGUUGAGCCUUUCGAAUACUUUAUUAAUACAGUCCGUACAGAAAAGAAGAAGCUGAAUGUGAUGAAUUGACAGAGCUUGCAAAGCCCUAAUUUUUUUGGCCUUGUAUAAUUACUACUGUUGUUACAGUGUAUAUUUAUUGAUUUUUACUAUUGGAAUAACAGAAAAGAA